ACGUUAUGAAGAGGCACGAGAAGCUGUACUUACUGCCCUUCAAAUUGACCCUCUGAGCCAUCAUGCCAAGGAUUGUCUUCUGAGUUUGGAUAAGUUCAUGUCUGGUUCAGCUAAGAGGGUUAAACAGUGGAAACCACAGCGAACCGAUGAUUUUGAAUGCACAUUAUGCCUAAAGCUAUUGUUUGAACCGGUCACUACUCCUUGUGGGCAUUCUUUUUGCCGCUCAUGUGUACUUCAGACUAUGGAUCAUGGUAACAAGUGUCCCAUGUGCCGCAUGGUCCUAUUUAUCAGCCCCAGAACGUAUCCUAUUAGUGUGACUCUGAAUAAUAUUAUACAGAAAAACUUUCCUGAGGAAUAUGCUGAGAGGAAGUUGGAGCAUGAGAAUCUAACAUAUGGGGGGACAGACACAUUGCCUCUUUUUGUUAUGGACGUUGUUCUUCCAUGCCAGAAGUUGUCACUUAAUAUAUUUGAGCCACGCUAUAGACUGAUGGUGAGAAGAAUAAUGGAGGGAAAUCAUCGCAUGGGAAUGGUGAUAAUAGAUUCUACAACAGGUGCAAUUGCUGAUUUUGCUUGUGAAGUGGAAAUCCUUGAGUGUGAACCGCUGCCAGAUGGGCGGUUUUACUUGGAGGUAGAAGGUCGCCGUAGAUUUCGUAUCUUACGAUCAUGGGAUCAGGAUGGGUAUCGAGUUGCUGAGGUUGAAUGGGUUCAAGAUUUACUCCCCUCAGAGGGAACACGAGAGAGGGAAGAUCUGCAAAAGAUGGCUAGCGAGGCAUCAGAACAUGCUCAAACAUGGAUAAGAAAUGCAAGAGAAGCUGUAAGAAUAGGUAGGAGGGCAAGGCGCUUGGAUUUUCUUCAAGCUGAUGCGGUACCUGGAGCUCAGGAUCCCGAGAAAUUUAGUUUUUGGCUUGUGAAUCUUCUAAACCUGAAACCCUCUGAGAGGCUGAACUUGCUACGAAUGAGAGAUACAAGAGAGAGGAUUUCCUGCGGGCUUAACAUCCUGAGGAGAACUGAAGAGCAGGGCUGCUUGGUCCAGUAACAGGAAAGUUUUUUGAACUAAUUUUUCCUUUCAUGAUCAAGUAUAUAGUCUGUUGAUCCUUUAAUAAGACGGGCAUAUGAUUGUCCAGCUUUUUUACCUGACUAUUUUUUUCACUAUUUCCUUAUUGUAAAAUACUGAGAAGUUAUGUAUUUGGAACAUUUACUUGUAUACCACUCGAGCCCUAUGUAUUUACAUAUUUAUCAUCUAAAAUUUAA